CUUCAUAUUUGAGCUUGGGAGCCUGGGAGCAAGAAGAUGUCGAAUGAACUUGAUUUCAGGUCCGUGCGACUGCUAAAGAACGACCCAGUCAGCUUCCAGAAGUUCCCGUACACUACUGAGGACGAGGCCUGGAAGACCUACCUGGAGAACCCCCUGACGGCAGCCACCAAGGCCAUGAUGAGGGUUAACGGGGACGACGACAGCGUUGCGGCCCUGAGCUUCCUCUACGACUACUACAUGGGCCCCAAGGAGAAGCGGGUACUGUCCUCCAGCACUGGGGGCCGGAAUGACCAAGGAAAGAGGUACUACCACGGCAUGGACUAUGAGACGGACCUCGCUCCCCUUGAAAGUCCCACGCAUCUCAUGAAAUUCCUGACCGAGAACGUGACUGGCACCCCAGAGUACCCGGAUGUGCUCAGGAAGAACAACCUGAUGAGCUUGGAGGGGGCCGCGCCCGCCCCGGGCAAAACCGCGCCCCUCCCCGCCGGCCCCAGCAAGCUGGAAGCUGGCCCCGUGGACAGCUACCUGCUGCCCCCCAGUGAGGUGUAUGAUAACAGCUCCCUCAGCUCCCUGUUCGAAAGCAUUCAUGGGGUGCCUCCGACCCCGCGCUGGCAGCCUGACAGCACCUUCAAAGAUGACCCACAGGAGUCACUGCUCUUCCCAGAUAUCCUGAAAACGUCCCCAGAACCCCCCUGUCCAGAAGACUAUCCCAGCCCCAAGAGUGACUUUGAGUACACCCUGGGCUCCCCCAAGGCCAUCCACAUCAAGUCGGGGGAGUCGCCAAUGGCCUACCUCAACAAGGGCCAGUUCUACCCGAUCACGCUGCGGACCCCGGCGGGCAGCAAAGGCCUCGCCUUGUCCUCCAACAAGGUCAAGAGUGUGGUGAUGGUGGUCUUCGACAACGAGAAAGUGCCGGCGGAGCAGCUGCGGUUCUGGAGGCACUGGCAUUCCCGGCAGCCCACUGCCAAGCAGCGCGUCAUCGACGUGGCUGACUGCAAGGAAAACUUCAACACCGUGCAGCACAUCGAGGAGGUGGCCUAUAACGCGCUGUCCUUCGUGUGGAAUGUCAACGAGGAGGCCAAGGUCAGUGCGCGGCUGUGA